GAACCCCUAAAUUCAGAAAUUAUAUCACAACCCACGGUGCGAUUGUCGCCACGCGAUACCAAUAUGAAAGACACUGGUAAAUCGAAGGAUGCGACGAGAGAUUCAGUAUUGCACGAGCCUCAAUCGCAAGCCGACGAACGGAUGAAAAAUAUCGACACGGCCUAUCCUCUUGAUCCUAUCUUAGAAAAGUCUUCGCCGAUCGCUUGCAGCUUCUUUUCUGGACUUGGGAAAAAAGGCCUCCCUGCAGAGAUACGCCAGAUGAUAUAUGACGAAGCAGUAUCCUUUCCCUGGUACCAUUCUAUAUACGAAACACUCAUCACAAGAGACCACUAUAUAGCUUAUGAGAAUACUUCUCUGGCCUUAGCACUUCUUCGCAGCAGCAAUACCUGGGAAGAUGAUGCCUGCAACGCGCCAAAAGUAAAGCUUGCUAUUCAACAGCCCUUUACACUCCACGCAUAUUGGCAAGCGCUAGGUCGUCGAGGGGGUUGUGAACAAGGUUAUCUCAUAGGGUUAUUAAAAGGAAUUGAUGCAGUGUUUGCAAUGGACCAGGAGCAGCAGCGAGCAUCUUCGAUUGAGCCUAGAAAGUGGACUGCACCGCUGGCACCAUCUGUACUCAAGUAUGGUUACUUGAUUCUAAGGUCUUUUCUAAUGCCAGAACACAAUCUAUGGACUUUUAAGAAUAAGGACCGCGAAAACGAAUGGUACCAGAAAAAGCUCCUGGGGCCUUCCUCCAGACGGCUAUAUUGCAUUUACGCCGACGCCCGGUAA